GUUGAGUUGAGAAGGAAGUGUUUCCAGAUGUCUUUCACGAGAAGGUUGGAGGAAUCAAAGUAUUGGAACGGGUCCAAGUCCGACCGGAAACGUCACCUGAGGGCGCGGCGCGCAGGUGGGUGGAGAACACCUAUGAAGGUAAACGCGGAAGUAAAGAAUAUGGAUACGACGUGUUUUUGUCUAAAACAGGCUCACCUUUCCGGGUCUGGCGGGAGUUUCAUUAUGGGCCUGUGUGACGGCCUCUCCCACUGUAAACUGGCUCUGGUUUUUGCUGUGUUGAUGGAUUUACUGGGAGGAGCCACUCUGCUGGUGGGAGUCUUCGUCCCCCUGGAGAUCAAAGGACAGGACUACGGAGACUUACUGGUCUAUUCUGGGGUUCUGUUUGUGCUGAUGUCUCUGGCUGGAUGGCUUCUGUGGUACAGCGGAAACAUCGACGGCCUGACGUCCAAGAAGGAGCUGGGACACAUGGACAGCGUCGUCGACCGGCUGGCUCGUAACCUCAGCCGCAAGAUCCGCACGUACAGGGGUCAACACUGAGCCGCAAGGAGGACGUCAGAAUUUCAUUUCAAAAGUCUGCUUGUAUUUAUCAGUAUUAGUAUAACAUACAGAUGCUGAAUGAAAUUCUACUCUACCUGUAUACCUGUACUACUGAAAUACAAUGUAAAUGUUACAAGUAUGUGAGAAACAUUAUAGAUGUGCACCUGCUGUUCUGUCACAAAGUUGUGCUAUUGAUGUUUUAAUAUAAUUAGUAUUUUUAUUUUAUAAGUGUCCUUCAGUCGUUCAAGCAGUGGUCUCAUGUUUCAAUAAAAGCCUUUUUAGACAUUAUAAAA